UUUUCUAGACGCAGCUGACGAUGUAAACAAGAAAAGACAGUCGAGGGCAACGGGGAUCAAACAGGCCGGUGUCACCGCAAAUGAUAGCCAUUAACUGCUCCUAAACGGCGGACAUGGGGCUCCCUGUUACUAUUAAAGUCAACUUCCGGGGGAACGUGAAGAGAUUUCUGGCUCAGGAUUUGGACAAAUUGGAGUGGGAAUCGGUUGAAGCCUGGAUCAAAGCAUCUUUUGGAAUCAAUCACUUUCAAGUGAAAUACUUCGAUGAGGAUAAUGAAGAGAUUUGCAUAAACAGUCAAGAUGAAUAUGAAGAAGCCAUCAAGAGUGCAGAGAAGCAGGGGAACCAGUUGCACAUGAAUGUGUACAAGAUGAAAGGACAGGCCUGUGGAGGCCCACUGAAGACGGAGGUGAAGGAGCUGAAAGGAGACCUUCGGCCUGCUCCUCCUUAUCCCUCCAGGGUCAAGACUGUGGACAAGGGCACGCAGGUCACCCCGGAGCGAGAAGCUGUCACCGUGAAGGACAGCAAGGGGAACAAACCAGAAGAUGAGCCCCCUCCCAUGUGGUUUAGAUCAUAUAUGGAGAAGUUUAAGGAUGAGGUGGUGAAAGAGGUCGUUGAAAGGAUGUGCAGUGACUUUUCUGGUCAGUGUUGCACCCACAAAUCCCCUGAUGGGCCCCUUGAAGCCAGUGGGGCUACUGGUGGACCAAUAGGGCCCAGGCCGGGCCCCUCCACCUCGAACGGGUCCCUUGGCUACACCCCAAACUGCAGCAGCUGCAACAAACUCACCUCAGAGGGGGCCUACAAAUGCAGCGUGUGCCCGUCCUGCAUCCUGUGUGAGAUGUGCAGACAUAGCCAUGACCCCAGCCACAACCUCGUGAGAACCAAGACACCUCUCUCCAUCCCUGAGCAUGGAAUGUCAGGAGAGCUAAGGUUCCCAAGGCGAGGAGACAGGACAGUGCGCAAGGCCGAGCGACAGCGCCUCAAAGCAGAAAGGAGGCAGCUAAGAGCCGAAGUGAAGGAAAUCAAGAAGAAACUGAGACUGGAGAAGAGGGGGCUGCAGUGGAGUGGGCCCUCUACCUCAGGCAGAGCCAACCUGACAAACAUGGCCUCCACGUCCACCCAGGUCCCAGCCCUGCCCCCCCCUGCUGCCUCAGAAACAGCCUCAGGUCCAGCCCCAGCCCAAGGUCCCAUCCCUGCCCCGGUCCCUGAUCCCCAGGCCUCCAGUCCAGAGGGUCCCGGGGUCUCGCACACGUCCUUGGUGCCCACUAUGGCUGCCUUGUUUCUGGAUGAAAAUCUGCCUGACGGCACCCGUCUGGAGCCUGGUACCAAGUUCAUCAAAUACUGGAAGAUGAGGAACUCGGGCACUAUCAGCUGGACCUCAGAGACUAAGCUAGUGUUCAUGUGGGGAAACCUCGGCCUGGCGUCCGAGAAGAAGAGGGAGGUGCCGGUCCCUUUGCUGCUACCCGGACAAGUGGGAGUGGUCAGUGUGGCCUUUGUCGCCCCUGUGAUGGAGGGGACGUACACCUCCCACUGGCGGCUGGCGCACUGCGGGUGUCAGUUUGGCCCGCGUGUGUGGUGCAGCAUCGUGGUCGACCCUGGCGACAGCCGCAACGCACUUGGACAUCAGAGCAAAAGACUGAAGGAGGAGGUGAGGCCAGUGGAGAGGGAGAAGGAGGUAGACCUCAACCAUGAAGACUUCUACUUCCCCUCAGUUGACCUGCUGACUGCACAGGAUCUACUGUCAUUUGAGUUGCUGGAUAUAAAUAUAGUGCAAGAGCUGGAGAAGGUUCCUAAUAACACUCCUGUUGAUUUGACACCCUGCAUAUCCCCUCUGCCCCAUGAUGCACCUGUUCUGGAGAAAACCAUAACAUCACAAAUAAAAGAAGACACAGAGGUCACAGGGGUCAGAAAACUUUUUGGAGGGAAACCACGGCAGCAGAGGGAGCUUUUGGAGCCCGUGACCCAGGAGGAGGAGAGGGAGGAGGAGAUCAGUGGAGCCCAGUUCCUAUGUGAGACGGUCAUCCGCUCCCUCACCUUGGAGGAAGCCCCCGACCACAGACCCCUGCGUAGAAUUCAUCACACCAGCCACAAACCACAGGUCGUUUCCCGGGGUCCAAGCUUCUGCUUUGAGAGAGCAGUGGAGGCUGAGAAGACAGAGAGAGCACAAGAAGGAAAUGAGGGGGGCUGUGCCGUUAGACUUGAAAGUUCAGCUCUGCCUCCCAACACAGGUCUCAACCAGAUCACCCAAGAAGAGACAAGACCAGUUCUUCUCCUGGAACCAGCAAAUGAAAAUCUGCAAAUUAGUUCACAUCAUGAAAAUGAGGAUGAAGAAAUCACAGUUUUGGACAACAUGCAAACCAUGAAGGAUACUCAAGAGGAGAAAGAGGAGGGUGGAACCAGAGGAGAAGACUGGGAUGAGGUCAGCAGCCAGACCUCCUCAGUCUCCUCCUGUGAUGACUACAUCAUCGUCCUCCCAGACUGCUUUGACACCAGCCGUCCUCUGGGGGAGUCCAUGUACAGCUCCGCCAUGUCUCAGCCUGACACAGUUGCUGUAGCUGCUGCUGCUGCUGCUGUGACCUCAGCCAAUCUAGACCAGGAGAUAGAGGACAACUCCAACUCUGAGCCGGGCAGUGCGGCACCACUGAGAGAGAGGCAGGAGAGGCCGGAAGUUGUCGCUGCUGAGGAGUCAUCCGGUAACGCCUGGCUUCCACCUGUCCCUCCCAUCCACAGCAGUGUGAACCACAUGCUGUGUGCUUCCCAGACUCUGGACGCUGUGACACUCACACCUGAGGUGGUGCCACUGCCGACUCUGCCUGAACCCCUGCUGUCCCCACCGGCCCUCUACUCACCCAGGUCUGAGGCACUGUACCUGGCUGAGGACCCCAGUCCUCCAGCCUGUGAACCAUAUGAGCCACACCAGCCGAGGGUCCACCUAAAUGUGUCAUCUGGUCUGUCCAGAUCAGCAGGCUCAGCAUCCAGUGCCUUUGAGACAUACAACCCCAGACCCAGCAAUGCGCUGCAGCCAAGGGGCCAAGGAGGCAUCACAGAGGGACUUGUCAAGGGGGCCCUUUCUGUGGCAGCGUCCGCUUACAAGGCUCUCUUCACUGGACCAAACUGUUCCAUACAGCGAGGCAUCGACCCGGCAACCAGACAGGACCCUUCCAUGAUGGCCAUGCUGCUGGAGAUGGGCUUCAGAGACCAGCGGCUCAACCAGCGGCUGCUGAGGAAGCACGGCUACAGCCUGCUGCAUACCGUCAACGAGCUGGUGCAGAUGGCCGAGGACAGGCAGAACGCAGCUGCCGACACUCAGCACUGAGGGAGGGGGGGGGGGUGGGGGGCUGAGAGAAAGCUACUGUGAGGCUGUUAAAGAGUCAUUGGAGGGAAAUUUAUUUGAUUUUUAAACAUAAUGUAAAGAGAGUAUUUAGAUUACGACCUGUGUAUGGCUUAGCCUUUACAGCGGCUGGAUUUAUUUUGAGUUAUUUAAAGAAGAGACAAAGAAAACCUAUUUAUGAUUCAUGCAACUGGUUGAUAGUGGAUAGUUUAUUUGGACCAAUAAGAAAACAAAGUCGCUUGAAAUAUUUAAAAAAAGGAACUAAAAUGAAAUAGGAGCAUUUAUUUCUUGAACACUGAAUGAAAUGAGCAUUCAUGAACGGCUUCUCCUGCCUUUGCCUUUAAUUUAGCUUCAACAUUUUGAUGAAAUUAACCAUAUAUACACACUUGUAAAUUUCUAUGGAUAGUGGUUAACCUUUGCCAUGUCUUGUUUACCUGGGCCAUAGAGCUUUAUUGUGUCGGUCAAAAGGAGCGGGAGCUGUGUAGUUUUGACAGGGACGAAAAAAGUGUGUAUUUCAGCUCUUCAUCAGCUCUUUAGUGUUUGUAUGGCUGUUGUAGCUGCUUCCUCUGCGCAAAAAAUAACUCGUCUUUUGUCAGGGCCUGGCUAGAUUCUUCUCACAAAUAGAGCAGUGACGGUGAAUAUCGUUGAAUGUCAUUAAAAAAAAAGGUAGAAAUGUUCUGAAAAGCCAGCUCUUAUUUUAAGACGAUGCUACCGAAGCUACAUGGAUACUCUGGGUGUUAAAGGGUCAGCAGUGCCGUAGUAGGAACAACAAAACAGAUAUUUACGACUUUUCUCAAUUAUCGUAGUGAAAUCUGCCUAAACAAUGCAAUCUUUUUCUGUAUCAGAGUACUGUUAUUUUAGACGUUGACAUGUGGAAUGUAUACAAAAACUGUCCGAACAGAUCACUGUUCAGACUCAGAUGUUUUCUACUGCUUUUUAGGAGACACCUGCAUGACAGGUAGAGGCUUUAGAGACGAGUCGUGUCCUUGUGUCUUAGCACAGUCACAGUGGAAAAUGUCUGCUUUUUGCGUCAUUGUUUUGAACUACCCUUGCCUGCAUUUUCAUGUGUCAACACUCAACCACAAACUGAAAAACUAGCAACUGUCAUUCAGCACUAAUCCAAACCUAGAUGUCUCUAACAACACAUUCCAUAAUCUCUUAGUGGAACCAAGUAUAUUUUUUGUCAUUACAUUGCCUUUAUGAAAGGAUUUUCAGUUUACUGAGAUAUACAUAGGAUGAUUCAACAUUGUGGUGUGUGUGUGUAGAUUUAAGUUAAUGUACAUUUCUGUUGAAUCAUUUCUCCUUGUGUGUGUGUGUGGGUGUGGUUGAGGAUUUUUGAACCAUAUUUUCUUAUGUUGAUGAUUUCCCAUGACUUAAAAGAAUCAUGCUCCAGAGAAUAAUUCUGAAUAUAUCUACUAUGCUUGUCAAAUUAUUCUUCUGCCACAGAGUGUAAACAUAAAAUACCCUUCUACUGUCAAUCUGCCAAUAAACUAUUUGCACAUCU